CUUCCUUUCACAGCUGAACGUGUCCCGCCCCCAUUUCGGCUUGGCUUCCUACUGAAUAAGCUGGAGGGGCCAGUUGUCUGGCUCUGUAUUCGAGGAGAGUGUGGCAUACCGUGCGGAGUAGUGCGAUGGACCACCUCGUUGGCCAAGUGCGAACCAGUCGCAAAUCCCCGCUGUGCUACGGAAGUUUUCUGGUGGAGCUUGGGCUAGUCCCAGGCGUAGACUACCUCACGGGGGUGUAGUCAGCAAAAAAAUCGAGAAGAGGAGAAUGAUGUCAGCCGCUUUGGGUCGUUGGGAAAAGACUUAUAUACUCAAAUUCAACGUAACAUCCAUAGUUCUCAAUAUAUAAUUCUCAACUAAGGAAUGUCUCAAAGUGGCUAGACAUCCACACUGGAAGAAUGCUGAACUCUUUUGGAGCAGCAGCACUGGCAAAGGCAGGCGGAGUUGCAUUGCUUGUCAGCAGUUUAUAUCACAGACACCAUCCCUUGACUUCCUGUGACUUUCAGAGAAGAAGGAAGUCUCAGCUCUGAUCCCAUGGUGGUUACUGAAGCUUCGUCUGCCACGUUUCCUGUUUGUAACUGCAAACAUUUAAACUGCAAUUUAAGUUUCCAGAUCAAGUCAAAGUUGGGUCAAGAAACAAAAGCCCUCAAAGUCUUUGACGCUGUCAGCCCCGAACUCCAUUUUCUCCCAUUUGUUCUGUCAACAUGAAGCAGGAAAAAGACAUGAAAUAUUCAGAGUGUACCUAUGUCUGGGUAGGUUUUGGCUUCAUAACGGCAGUUAUGGUAAUUUCCUUGAUGAAAAAUAUCUCAUACUACAUGCAAGAAAAGAAACGAGGUAAAACAUGCAAAGACAUUCCAGAAAAUAGUCCAAGCCAUGGAGAGUUUUAUACUGAAGAAUGCCCUGUUUAUGACAACCUCCAUCACCAUCAACAAGAUAUUCUAAAUGAAAGUUACUAUGAACAAAUGAAUGCUCAUUCCCAGAUGCCCAACAAUGAAGUACAGCCAAAAGCUGAGCGUCAGAUGUGCUAUGCUUCCCUCGACCACAGUGUCAAAAGAAAACCCAAAAACCUUCAAAAAAAGAAAUAUCCUCCAUUAGAAUCAGAUGAAGACCAACUUACCAGAAGCUGCUCCAUGCCCACAGACACCUGCAUUUAUCUCAAUAGCGAACAGCUGAUCAUCGAAAACAAAGUUUCUGAAGAUUCUUUUUGCCAGUGAUGAUCCUUUAAAUUUGGUUGGCUCUGUUUAACAGAUUCUUUUAAACUGCCAUUUCUAGAUGUCUUAGUCAUCCGCAAACCAAACCAACAAUUGGGCCACACAGUAUACAGAAAACCGACGCAC